AUGCCUACCCGUACUUCAAAGACCCGCAAGCACCGCGGUCACGUUUCCGCCGGUAAGGGACGUGUCGGAAAGCACCGCAAGCACCCCGGUGGUCGUGGUCUUGCUGGUGGUCAGCACCACCACCGUACCAACAUGGACAAGUACCAUCCCGGUUACUUCGGUAAGGUUGGUAUGCGAUACUUCCACAAGCAGCAGAACCACUUCUGGAAGCCCAUCAUCAACCUCGACAAGCUGUGGUCUCUCGUCCCCCAGGAGACCCGUGACGCCUACGUCUCCGGCGAGAAGAAGGACACCGUCCCCGUCCUCGACCUCCUCCCCCUCGGCUACUCCAAGGUCCUCGGCAAGGGCCGUCUCCCCGAGAUCCCUCUGGUCGUCCGCGCCCGCUGGGUCAGCCGCCUUGCUGAGCAGAAGAUCAAGCAGGCCGGUGGUGUCGUUGAGCUUGUCGCUUAA